GUCAGCAGCCGCGCGCGCCUGGCUGGGCCCUGCGGAGCGGGAGGGACGGAGCGGAGGAGCGAGCCGAGCGGCGGUCGCCGGAGCUCAGCCGCGCCACCCGAGCUCAGCCGCGCCGCCAGCCCGCGCUCCAGUCCGCCGUGUCUAGCAGCGGGGCCCAGCAUGGUCAUGGCGGAUGGCCCGAGGCACUUGCAGCGCGGGCCGGUCCGGGUGGGGUUCUACGACAUCGAGGGCACGCUGGGCAAGGGCAACUUCGCCGUUGUGAAGCUGGGGCGGCACCGGAUCACCAAGACGGAGGUGGCGAUAAAAAUUAUAGAUAAAUCUCAGCUGGAUGCAGUGAACCUUGAGAAAAUCUACCGAGAAGUACAAAUAAUGAAAAUGUUAGACCACCCUCAUAUAAUCAAACUGUAUCAGGUAAUGGAGACCAAAAAUAUGUUGUACCUUGUGACAGAAUAUGCCAAAAAUGGAGAAAUUUUUGACUACCUUGCGAAUCAUGGCCGGUUAAAUGAGUCAGAGGCCAGGCGCAAAUUCUGGCAAAUCCUCUCUGCUGUUGAUUAUUGUCACGGUCGGAAGAUUGUGCACCGUGACCUCAAGGCUGAAAAUCUCCUGCUGGAUAACAACAUGAAUAUCAAAAUAGCAGAUUUCGGUUUUGGAAAUUUCUUUAAAAAUGGUGAACUGCUGGCAACAUGGUGUGGCAGCCCCCCUUAUGCAGCCCCAGAAGUCUUUGAAGGGCAGCAGUAUGAAGGACCACAGCUGGAUAUUUGGAGCAUGGGAGUUGUUCUUUACGUCCUUGUCUGUGGGGCUCUGCCUUUUGAUGGACCGACUCUUCCUAUUUUGAGGCAAAGGGUUUUGGAAGGAAGAUUCCGGAUUCCGUAUUUCAUGUCAGAAGAUUGUGAGCACCUUAUUCGAAGGAUGUUGGUUCUAGAUCCAUCCAAACGGCUAACCAUAGCUCAAAUCAAGGAGCAUAAAUGGAUGCUCGUAGAAGUUCCAGUACAGAGACCUGUUCUCUAUCCACAAGGACAAGAAAAUGAGCCAUCCAUCGGGGAGUUUAAUGAACAGGUUUUGCGACUGAUGCACAGCCUCGGGAUAGACCAACAGAAAACCAUUGAGUCUUUGCAGAACAAGAGCUACAAUCACUUCGCUGCCAUUUAUUACUUGUUGGUGGAGCGCCUGAAAUCACAUAGGAGCAGUUUUCCUGUGGAGCAGAGACUCGAUGCCCGCCAGCGGCGGCCCAGCACCAUUGCUGAGCAAACAGUUGCCAAGGCACAGACUGUGGGCCUCCCAGUGAACAUGCAUUCACCGAAUGUGCGAUUGAUGCGAUCUACCCUCCUCCCACAGGCAUCCAAUGUGGAGGCCUUCUCAUUUCCAGCCUCCAGCUGUCAGGCGGAAGCAGCGUUUAUGGAGGAAGAGUGUGUUGACACCCCAAAGGUAAAUGGCUGUCUGCUGGACCCUGUGCCGCCUGUGUUGGCGAGGAAGGGGUGCCAGUCACUGCCCAGCAACAUGAUGGAGACCUCCAUUGAUGAAGGGCUAGAGACGGAAGGAGAGGCCGAGGAAGACCCCAGUCAGAGCUUUGACGCCUUCCAGUCCACACGCAGUGGGCAGAGACGGCACACUCUGUCAGAAGUGACCAAUCAGCUGGUCAUGAUGCCUGGUUCAGGGAAAGUUUUCUCCGUGAGUGACAACCCCUCCCUUGACAGCGUGGAUUCUGAGUAUGACAUGGGGUCUGUUCAGAGGGACCUGAACUUUCUGGAGGACAACCCUUCCCUUAAGGACAUCAUGUUAGCCAACCAGCCCUCACCGCGCGUGACCUCUCCCUUCAUAAGCCUGAGGCCUGCCAACCCAGCCAUGCAGGCUCUGAGCUCCCAGAAACGAGAGGCCCACAACAGGUCACCAGUGAGCUUCAGAGAGGGCCGCAGGGCAUCGGAUACCUCCCUCACCCAAGGAAUUGUAGCAUUUAGACAGCAUCUUCAGAAUCUGGCUAGAACCAAAGGAAUCCUAGAGCUGAACAAAGUGCAGUUGCUGUAUGAACAGAUCGGCCCAGAGGCAGAUGCUAACUUGGCGUCAGCUGCUCCUCAGCUCCAAGACCUUGCUAGCAGUUGCCCUCAGGAGGAAGUUUCUCAGCAGCAGAAAAACCCUGCCCUCCCCAGCGGUGCACGCCCGCAGCUGCCCCCGCGGCAGAGCCUGGAAGCCCAGUUCCUGCAGCACAGACUCCAGAAGCCCAGCCUUCUGUCGAAAGCCCAGAACACUUGUCAGCUUUAUUGUAAAGAACCACCGCGGAGCCUUGAACAGCAGCUGCAGGAACACAGACUCCAACAGAAGCGGCUCUUCCUCCAGAAACAGUCUCAGCUGCAGGCCUAUUUCAAUCAGAUGCAGAUAGCAGAGAGCUCAUACUCACAGCCGAGUCAGCAGCUGUCCCUUCCCCACCAGGAGACACCACCACCAUCACAGCAGCCAGCGCCCUUCAGCCUGACCCAGCCCCUGAGCCCCGUCCUGGAGCCUGCUUCUGAGCAAAUGCAGUACAGCCCCUUCGUCAGCCAGUACCAGGACAUGCAGCUGCAGCCCCUGCCCUCCUCGCCAGGCCCCCAGGCACACUUGCAGCAGCCGCCCCCGCCACAACCGUCAGGAGCUGCCCCAGCGCCCUUGCAGUUCUCCUAUCAGACUUGUGAGCUGCCUGGCACGGCCUCCCCUGAGCCAGACUACCCCACUCCCUGUCAGUACCCUAUGGACGGAACCCAGCAGAGUGGCAUAGCCGCACCAGACUGUCCCAGGAGCUCAGCACUGCAGGAGGCCCCCUCCAACUACGACCCUCUAGCCCUCUCUGAGUUCCCUGGACUCUUUGAUUGUGAAAUGCUGGAGGCUGUGGACCCCCAGCACAAUGGCUAUGUCCUGGUGAAUUAACCACAGGAAGUGAGGCAGGUCAAGUGAAGGAAGAGUGUGUUUUUAUUUUUAUUCCAGCCUUUUACAUUUAAAGCCUAUUUUUCUGCCCUCUCCCCAAGGGGGAAAUACCAAGUUGCCCAACUGGAAUCAGAGGGCCUGGCCGGGUGGAUAUCGCUUCUUCCUGGCUCUGUCCCGCCACAGUUUUCUGUGGCAAGUGCUGGAACAUAGUUGUAGGCUGAAGUUCAUGCCCUUAGGUCAAGUGAAGCAAACUCUCAUGGGAGACACCAACAAAUGUUUUUAUAAGAAGACAACAUCCAGACCUAGGUUUUAUGCAGAAUCACACCAAUUCAUUAUCAAGGGAACCCUUGGUGAAAGCAGGAAAUGCGUGCCAUUAUAUGUGGGGGACAGAAAAAGGCAAUAUUUUUCACUGAAGCCAAGCCACAGCAUGUUGCUUAAAGGCAAAUCUGGAAUGCAUAAUGAAAUUUGAUGCACAGGAAAUAAAGGAAAGUUGUACCUUGUUGUUGAAGAGGAAGUUCUAAGCUGCUCAUGCAAGUUGUUUCCAUGACCAUCACCAAGCAGUGGAGCGUGAGCUUUGUUUCAGGGGCCACAAAGUAACAGCUGCUACUGAUCCCUGAGACUGGCAGUCGUCUCCAUCUGGGAGCCCGCAACACAGCUCUUCAGAAGGCGCCCUGGGUUACCCAGGUUACAGAGUCAGCGUGUAUUCAGGACUCCAAAGAUGUUGCCCGUAGAACUGACAGGCGAUGCACCGGAGUGGAGACUGGGGGGUGAGAAACUCGAGAAAGCAUCCCGAGCACCAGCCCUGGGCCAGGGGAUGGCGGGCUCUUCCCGCAGUCUGUUGUGGACACUUCUGGCUCGGGGCGGUCGGUCUUAACCCAGCGUCUCUUUUAAAAUGUAAUAACUACUUUGACUUUACACUAUAUGUUGCUAGUAGUUUAUUGAGCUUUGUAUAUUUGGACAGUUUCAUAUAGGGCUUAGAAGUUUUAAGAACAAGCAAAAUGAAUUUUUAUCUCCCAUGUGAAGUGGUAGUGCUGUGCCUUUUCCUCGCCCCCCAGAUCAUGCUUUAAUUAUUUCUUUUCUGUAGAAACCAACAGUUUUCCAUUUAUGUCAAUGCUAAAUCCAAAGUCACUUCAGAGUUUGUUUUCCACCAUGUGGGAAUCGCAGUCUUAAUUUCCUUAAAGUUUUGACUUGUAAUGAAAUCUUCAAGUAUUACAGCAAUAUUCAGAAACCACAGAUGUGUUAACCAUUUAAGCAGAUCAUCUGUCAAACACAUUAUAUUACUAGUAAAACUUAACCCUUAUAAUUCAUUCAUCAAAGUAAGUAAAAAGUAGAUGCUACAGCUAGUUAACUGUAUACCUAGAAGUAAUGAGUAAUCUGUCAUUUGGACAAUAACAUCCAAGUGUUACAAAUUCAGUAUUAUUUACAAAGACUGUCAUUUCUGUCCUUUAGAAUGGCUUGUCCUAUCAGCAGGUGAAUGAAUGCGUUAAGCACAAAGCAUCUUCCUUAAAGCACAAAGAAGAGAAAUACUACAUUGAUGCUGCAUCUAGAAACACCUUUAAGUUGCCUUUCCUCUUUGUAGUAAGUGUCCAGGCGGUGAGGAGAAGCAUGGAAGGUCUGAGGAGCUGUGCCCUGCACCCCCUGCCCAGCCCCUAGCAUCGUUGGUCACUUUUUGCUGGCUCUGCUUGGUGCCAGACCCUUCGCAGGGGCUGUGUGUGGGGCUGGACUCGGAGUGGCGUGGAGGGCUGUUGUUUUUGUGAGUUAACAACACACAGUGAAAACCCAGGAAGAGUGAAUUAUGUUCCUUCUAUGGAUUGUUUAUUCCUCCUCGUGCUUAAGAUUGAUGAUUUCGUGAAAUAGAUAACAUCAUUUCAUUUAAGAGAUCCUUUCAUUAAGAUCUAUGAUCUGUUUUAAGUCUUUGCAAGGCACAGGGCUUGAUUUGAUUAGACUAAAGGAUAUGUUCCCAAAAUAAACUAUCAAAGUGCUGUAA